CAAUCCCACAGCUCGGAGUGGGUCGGACACAAGACCUGGCUGUCUCCGCGAGCGUUAGUCACAAGCUCACACGCCAACCCGGAUCCAGAAAGGGCCCCUUACGUGGCAAAAUCCCCUCCUCUGCCCAGACCAGGGUCUCUUCCCCAGGCCUCAGGAGAGAUGCAGCCACUGGGAGCACUGCUAGCUGGCAGAAACAUGCUUCACAACUCCAGCCACAGGGAAGGCAUGGUCCAUGCUCCAGACGCGCAGGCUCAGCAAUUGUGGCUCACGGGCCUAGCCGCUCCGCGGCACGCGGGAUCCUCCCAGACCAGGGCUCGAACCCGUGUCCCCUGCAUUGGCAGGCAGAUUCCCAACCACUGCGCCACCAGGGAAGCCCAUAAGACCCGGAGGGAGCAGGACAGGGACAGGGAAGGGGUGGGGGCAGGGGGAGCCCUGGCCCGUACCUCCUCCCCAUUCCCCCCUGAGCUUCCAGGGGCCUUGGGCAGCAAUAUUCCUGUCUACUGUGCCCUCCUGGCCUCCGUGGUCCUCGGUCUGCUUGCCUACGUGGCCUUCAAGUGCUGGUGCUCACGUAAACAAAGACAGCAGCUGGCCAAAGCUCGGACUGCAGAGCUGGGGGCCUUCAACAGGGACCAGAUGCAUGGGGAUAGCAGUGUCUUCCAGGACUCUCCGAGCAGCCUGGAGCCCUGUGUCCCCAGCCAGGGGCCACAUCCUGAAGAACUUGGCUGCCGGCUUUACCUCCAUCUCCCUCGGCAGCAGCAGGAGGAAGUGGAACAGCUCCUGGAGGCGUCGGGUGAACCUGACAAAGGCUGGCGGGGCCUGGCGGGCCACCUGGGCUACCAGGCUGAGGCAGUGGAGACCAUGGCUCAGAGCCAGGUGCCAGCCUACACCCUGCUGAGGUACUGGGCUGUCCAAGAAGGCAGCGGUGCCACCCUCAGGGUGCUAGCAGAUGCGCUGGCUGUCCUGGGCCGUGAAGAUGUGGUCCGGGCCCUGGGCCCACUGGCUGAGGACUGCUCCGUGGUGUGACGCUCCAGAGCCUAGCCUCUCAGGGAACCUGCUCUGGUGCUCCCACCACCCCCAGCUCAUACACCUUCCCUUUCACGGGCUUCCUGGCAUUGGUGACCUCGGCCUGCUGUUCUGGGGGGACAGGGAAGAUCCAGGCACCACUCACCUCCCCUCGCCCUACACUCCUCCAGGACAGGGACCAGGAUGUCACGGGGAGGGGUUGAUAGUGAGGAGCAGUCCUGCCCUCCUGAUCCCCACUCCACCUCCCCUUACUUAGCCUCAACUGUUUUUUCUACUUUUGUAUCCCAUAUUAAAGGCAACUUUGGACUAUU